AUGGGGCUAAGGCUUACCAGCCUUUUGACACUAUGGCUGGCCAUCUGCUAUGCAACUGAAGUUAGAAAAGGAAGAACUUCUAGCCAUGGCCACUAUGUCUGCAGUACUUGGGGGAACAACCACUUCAAAACUUUUGACGGAGAUUUCUACCAGUUUCCUGGUGUCUGUGAAUACAACUUUGUGUCUGACUGCCGUGAAUCUUACCAGGAGUUCUCUGUCCAUAUCCAGCGUGAACUGAAUGAGCAAGGGCACCCUGACAUUCAAUAUGUCCUUAUCACAAUUAAGGAUGUUGCAAUCUACCUCACUCACAAGAUGGUGGUGGUGGAUGGGCAAAUUGCAAGGACUCCGUACUAUCAUUCUGGUAUUCUGAUUGAGAAGAAUGAUAUGUAUACCAAACUCUAUGCCAGAGUGGGCCUAGUUUUGAUAUGGAACAGAGAAGCUGCUUUGAUGAUUGAACUGGACACCAAGUUUAACAACGGUACUUGUGGUCUUUGUGGGGAUUACAAUGGCCAGCAGGUUUACAAUGAAUUUCUCUCCAAUGGUCUGAGCUAUAAUCCAAUCACAUUUGGAAACCUACAGAAGAUUAAUAAACCCAACACAGUAUGUGAAGACCCUGAUGAGACACAACCUAUUGAAUCUUGCAACCGACAUCGUGAGGAGUGUGAGAAGCUGCUGACUGCUCCGGCUUUUGCUGAUUGUCAGUCCCGCCUGAAUCUGGAACAGUAUAUCCAAGCCUGCAUGCAGGACAGAUGUGCUUGCCAGCAUACAGAGGACUCCUUCUGCCUUUGCAGCACCAUCUCAGAGUUUUCCCGCCAGUGUUCCCACGCUGGUGGCAAUCCUCAGAACUGGAGGACAUCACAACUGUGUCCUAAGUCAUGUCCUGGAAACAUGAUCUACCUGGAAAGUGGCUCACCCUGUAUGGACACCUGUUCACACAUGGGGAUCAGCAAACUGUGUGAAGAACACUACAUGGAUGGCUGUUUUUGCCCUGAAGGCACAGUAUAUGAUGAUAUCACUGGGAAAGGCUGUGUGGCCACGAGCCAGUGUUACUGCAAACUUCGUGGGAAAUUAUUUUCCCCUGGUAAAAACAUCACCAAUGACUGUGAAAGCUGCACCUGCCAAUCAGGGAGAUGGAUAUGCCAGGAUUUACCCUGUCCCAGUAAAUGUGCAGUGGAGGGAGGGUCCCACAUUACUACCUUUGAUGGAAAGAAGUACACCUUCCAUGGUGACUGCUACUAUGUGCUGAGCAAGAGCAUACAGAAUGACUCACAUGCCCUCUUGGGAGAACUAGGCCCAUGCGGUUCUACUGACAAGCAGACAUGCCUAAAGACGGUGGUUCUGUUAAUAGACGAGAAGAAAAACGUUGUAGUUUUCAGAUCAGAUGGUACCGUAUUACUGAAUGAAAUAGAAAUUCAUUUGCCUCAUGUAACAGCCAGCUUCACAGUUUUCCAGCCAUCUUCAAACUACAUUAUUGUGCAGGCGACCUUAGGCCUCAGGCUGGAGAUCCAGCUGGUUCCAGUUAUGCAGCUCUUUGUCAUUGUGGACCAGACUGCCCAGGCAACUCUCCAAGGUCUUUGUGGGAAUUACAACGGAAUAGAAGGAGAUGACUUCAAAACAUCAAGUGGAUUAAUAGAAGCAACAGGGGCUUCCUUUGCUAACACGUGGAAAGCACAAGCCAGCUGCAGUGAUAUGUUGGAUAACUGGGACCACCCUUGUACUCUUAGCGUUGAGAAUGAAAAGUAUGCUGAACAUUGGUGCUCUUUGUUGAAAAGUACAGAAACUCCUUUUGCCAGAUGUCACUCAGUCAUUGAUCCAACAGAUUAUUAUAAGCGCUGCAAAUAUGAUACCUGCAAUUGUAAUGCCAACGAAGAAUGUAUGUGUGCUGCCCUAUCAUCAUACGCAAGAGCCUGUGCCUCCAAAGGGGUCAUGUUAUGGGGCUGGAGAAAGAAUGUUUGCAACAAAGAAGAAUCCUCUUGCCAAGCCAGCCAAGUCUUCCGUUACAAUCUGACUUGCCAGCAAACUUGCCGCUCUCUUUCUGAUGGUCAUAAGUACUGCUUGGAAGGCUUUACUCCAGUAGAUGGCUGUGGCUGCCCUGAUAAUUCCUAUAUGGAUGACAGUGGCAAAUGUGUGCCAAUUGCUCAGUGCCCGUGCUAUUACAAGGGUGUGCCCAUAAAUCCCGGCUAUGUUAUAAUGAAACAGGAUGAGCGCUGCGUUUGCAGACAUGGAAGAUUUCAUUGUGUGCCAGUGGACGUAACCCCUGAACACUGCUCACCCAACAUGACAUAUUUUGACUGCAACAACUUUGACAGUUGGUCUUCCCAAACACCAGUACAUCUUAGCUGCCAAACACUGGGAAAUGAUCAGUUCCAGACAGAGUGUGUUUCAGGAUGUGUGUGCCUUGAUGGACUGAUAGAUGAUGGCAGAGGGAAUUGUGUCCAGGAACAGGACUGCCCAUGCAUUCAUAACAAAGUUUUUUACUCCCCCGGAGAAACAGUAAAUGUGGACUGCAACACAUGUACUUGUCAAAGAGGAAGCUGGAAGUGCACCACCAAUUCAUGCUUUGGGACAUGUACCAUUUAUGGGAGUGGCCAUUACAUCACGUUUGAUGGAAAAUUCUAUGACUUUGAUGGCAACUGUGAAUAUGUGGCUACUCAGGAUUACUGUGGAAACAGCGAUUUGGAGGGAACAUUUAGCGUCAUCACAGAGAAUGUCCCAUGUGGAACCACUGGAGUCACCUGUUCCAAGGCCAUUAAAGUUUUCCUUGGGAGCACUGAAAUAAAGUUGGAAGAUAAACAAAUAGAAACAAUUGAGAUGAAUACUACUAGCUCUGUGACUUACUGGAUUCGUGAGCCAGUCGGGCUGUACAUUAUAAUAGAAACCAGCAAUGGUGUUAUUCUCAUCUGGGACAGGAAGACUACUAUUUUCAUCAAGCUGGCACCCUAUCUUAAAGGAAAAGUCUGUGGCUUAUGCGGCAAUUUUGAUGGCAAGGCCAGUAAUGACUUCACUGCAAGGGACAUGGUCCAAGAAAAUAAUGCACUGAUAUUUGGAAAUUCAUGGAAAAAGGAUACUGCAUGCCCUGAUGUUGAUGUAGACCCUGAGCCCUGUGAAAAGAAACCUCAUCGCAAAUCCUGGGCAGAGAAAGAAUGCAGCCUCAUCAAAAGUGUUGUGUUUGAAGAAUGUCAUUCAAAAGUGGCUCCAGAUCAGUACUAUGAAGCUUGUGUACAUGAUGCUUGUGCCUGUGACUCUGGAGGCGACUGUGAGUGCUUCUGUACUGCAGUGGCUGUCUAUGCACAAGAAUGCCUCAAAGCUGGAGCUUGUGUCUACUGGAGGACUCCUGACAUAUGCCCAAUCUUUUGUGAGUACUGGAAUCCUACAGAUAUAUGUGAAUGGCACUAUGAGCCUUGCGGAAGUGACAUUGUUACCUGCAAGAUCCUUAAUGAAGUCAGCACCAACUUUUCAAUGCCAUAUCUGGAAGGUUGCUACCCACGAUGUCCUCCGGAUAACCCUAUCUACAUUGAAGAGACCAACACAUGUGGGACAAGUGAUAUGUGUGGCUGCUAUAUUAAUGGUGUUUACUAUAGACCUGGACAGUCUAUACCCACAGAUGAUCAGUGUACAAAUUGUUUCUGUGUUUAUGCUGGAGAAACGAAAUGUGAACCCCGAAGAGGUUGCUGCAUAUAUGAUGGUAAAGAAUACGAAGAAGGAGAAAUAAUAAUAAAUGAGAGAAAUGGAUCUUUUUGUUUCGACAUAAAAUGCACAAUCAAUGGCACUUGGGUAGUUGAAGACAUGAGACCCUGCAGUACAACUGCCCCUCCCACAACUACUCUUUCAACUACUCCUUCUCCCACCACCACCACUACUACUACCACAACUCCCACUACAACCUCCACUACACUCUCUUCAACAACUCAGUGCUUAAUGCUUGCCUGUGAAUGGAGUAAAUGGUAUGAUGUCAGUGUACCCGAAGAAGGACCAGAAGGUGGUGACUUUGAGACAUAUGAUGCCAUAAGAAUUAAAGACGGAAGCAACUUUUGUCCAUCUGCUCCGCAAAACAUAGAGUGCAGGGCUAAAAAUGCACCCAAUGUGGAUAUUGCAGAAUUAGGACAGAAAGUGGACUGUAACGUCACUUAUGGACUCAUUUGUAGAAACAAAGACCAAGAUCAGAGUCUCUGGACCCUCUGCUAUAAUUAUGAGAUACGCGUCAACUGUUGUCAAAUCAUUCCUUGUGGUGAUAUUAUCACCACUACUCCCACCACUACUCCCUCCACUACUACCACUACACCAACUACCACUACGCCAUCUCCCACCACAACAACUACCACUCCUACCACUACUUCCACGCCUCCCACCACUACUCCCUCCACUACUACCACUACACCAACUACCACUACCCCUACGCCAUCUACCACCACAACAACUACCUCUCCUACCACUACUUCCACGCCUCCUCCACUACCACUACCCCUGCCACAACUACCACUACCCCACCCUACGCCAUCUACCACCACAACAACUACCUCUCCUACCACUACUUCCACGCCUCCCUCCACUACUACCACUACCCCUGCACCAACUACCACUACCCCUACGCCAUCUACCACCACAACAACUACCACUCCUACCACUACUUCCACGCCGCCUACCUCAACACCAACAGUAGUUUGUACCUCCGCUGUAGUAUGUUCAUGGUCGGACUGGAUUGAUGUCAGCUUCCCACAAUAUGGCCCACAGUAUGGUGACUAUGAAACCUAUGACAACAUCAGGGCAGCCGGCACAGAGAUCUGUACAAAGCCAGAAAACAUAUCAUGCAGAGCCAAGAAAUUUCCUAAUUACUCCUUCAAGGAGUUGGGGCAAAAAGUGGAGUGUGAUGUUUCGACUGGACUUAUUUGUCACAAUAAAGAUCAGACUCCUGGGCCUGUGUACCCUGUAGAUAUGUGUCUCAACUAUGAGAUCCGUGUAUAUUGCUGCAAGGAUGAAUGCAUAUCUGGACCUCCAACCACAACUCCUACCACAACUACACCAACUACCACUUCUACCACUACCUCUACUCCAUUGACCACCACCACAACUCCUACUACUACUUCCACACCAUCAACCACGACACCACCAACUACUACUACUACCAUUCCAACACCACCUUGGGAUACCCUUACCACUACACCAACUACCACUUCCACCACUACCACUUCUACCACUACCUCAGCACUUACCUCUACCCCCACACCACCUACUACUACGCCAACUACCACUGCUACUACUACCUCCACUGCACCUACAACUACACCAACUACCACUCCAACCACUACAUCUACAGCAGCAACCACUACGCCAACCACCACUCCAACCACCACCACUACUACAGGAUCCACUUCAGGCACCACACCUUGUAUCCCCACUGAAGAAUGCGAGUGGUCCAACUGGAUUGAUGUCAGUUUCCCACAAUAUGGCCCACAGUAUGGUGACUAUGAAACCUAUGACAACAUCAGGGCAGCCAACAUAGAGAUCUGUGCAAGGCCAGAGAACAUAUCAUGCAGAGCCAAGAAAUUUCCUAAUUACUCCUUCAAGGAAUUGGGGCAAAAAGUGGAAUGUGAUGUUUCGACUGGACUUAUUUGUCACAAUAAAGAUCAGACUCCUGGGCCUGUGUACCCUGUAGAUAUGUGUCUCAACUAUGAGAUCAGUGUAUGCUGCAAGGUUGAUUGCGGAUCUACACCAUCAACCACAACUACACCAACUACUACCACCACCACAAGUACAACUACCACCACAACUCCAACUACCACUUCACCAACUACCACUAUCUCUACAACUACAGAGUGUGUCAUAUGUGAUUGGUCUUCUUGGAUUGAUACGGAUUCCCCAAAUGGUGACAAGGAUGGUGGUGACAAUGAAACUUAUGAGAAAAUCAGAGAACAUGGUAUAGACAUCUGCUCUCAGCCAUCCAAUAUUUCAUGCAGAGCAAAAGAUUUCCCUGGUACUUCACUUGAGGAAUUGGGACAAAAAUUGGUAUGUGACGCUUCUGUAGGACUCAUCUGUAAAAACACAGACCAAGUCCCAGGUGUGGGUGUGGCCCCAACUUGUCUCGAUUACGAAAUUAGUGUUUAUUGCUGCAGAGACUGUUCUACCACCACAGUCUCGACUACAACCACCACUCCCUACACUGGAAGUACAAGUAAAACUACGACAGUCACAACAACAGAAACAGGAACAACAACAACAGUACCUUGCACAACUGAUGAAACAGAACCAUGGUCCACUUCAGAACCAUCCACUGCUGUUACCACCACCAAGAUCUCAACUACCACGGAGACCACAACCACAUCAACAGCACCAACAACUACUACUUCCACCCCAACUCCAAGUACAACUACACCCAAAUCAACCACCACCAGCACUGAAAUCCCUACAGUAACAACCACAACUACCACUACUACUCCCACUCCAAGUACAACAACAACAACACCGACACCACCAACCACCACUACUACUCCCACGCCGAGUACAACUACAACAACACCGACACCACCAACCACCACCACCAGCACUGAAACCCCUACAGUAACAACCACAACUACCACUACUACACCCACGCCGAGUACAACAACAACAACACCGACACCACCAACCACCACUACUACUCCCACGCCGAGUACAACUACAACAACACCGACACCACCAACCACCACCACCAGCACUGAAACCCCUACAGUAACAACCACAACUACCACUACUACUCCCACGCCGAGUACAACAACAACAACACCGACACCACCAACCACCACCACCAGCACUGAAACCCCUACAGUAACAACCACAACUACCACUACUACUCCCACUCCGAGUACAACAACACCGACACCACCACCAACCACCACCACUGAACCAACUACAACAACCACAACUACCACUACUACUCCCACUCCGAGUACAACAACAACAACACCGACACCACCAACCACCACCACCACUGAACCAACUACAACAACCACAACUACCACUACUACUCCCACUCCGAGUACAACUACAACAACACCGACACCACCAACCACCACUACUACUCCCACUCCGAGUACAACAACACCAACACCACCAACAACCACCACCACUGAACCAACUACAACAACCACAACUACCACUACUACUCCCACGCCGAGUACAACAACAACAACACCGACACCACCAACCACCACCACCACUGAACCAACUACAACAACCACAACUACCACUACUACUCCCACUCCGAGUACAACUACAACAACACCGACACCACCAACCACCACUACUACUCCCACUCCGAGUACAACAACACCAACACCACCAACAACCACCACCACUGAACCAACUACAACAACCACAACUACCACUACUACUCCCACUCCGAGUACUACAACAACAACACCAACACCACCAACCACCACCACCAGCACUGAAACCCCUACAGUAACAACCACAACUACCACUACUACUCCCACUCCGAGUACAACAACAACACCGACACCACCAACAACCACCACCACUGAACCAACUACAACAACCACAACUACCACUACUACUCCCACUCCGAGUACAACAACAACAACACCAACACCACCAACCACCACUACUACUCCCACUCCGAGUACAACAACAACAACACCGACACCACCAACAACCACCACCAGCACUGAAACCCCUACAGUAACAACCACAACUACCACUACUACUCCCACUCCGAGUACAACAACAACACCGACACCACCAACCACCACCACCACUGAACCAACUACAACAACCACAACUACCACUACUACUCCCACUCCGAGUACAACUACAACAACACCGACACCACCAACAACCACCACCAGCACUGAAACCCCUACAGUAACAACCACAACUACCACUACUACUCCCACUCCGAGUACAACAACAACACUGACACCACCAACCACCACUACUACUCCCACUCCGAGUACAACUACAACAACACCGACACCACCAACCACCACCACCACUGAACCAACUACAACAACCACAACUACCACUACUACUCCCACUCCGAGUACAACUACAACAACACCGACACCACCAACAACCACCACCAGCACUGAAACCCCUACAGUAACAACCACAACUACCACUACUACUCCCACUCCGAGUACAACAACAACACUGACACCACCAACCACCACUACUACUCCCACGCCGAGUACAACUACAACAACACCGACACCACCAACAACCACCACCAGCACUGAAACCCCUACAACAACCACAACUACUCCUCCUACUCCGAGUACAACAACAACAACAACGACACCGAUACCCCCCACAACAACCACAUCACCAACUACUGGCCCAACAUCUUCAACCCGCUGCACCUGUAUAAUGGGUGAAAAUACAUUUUUCGAAGGUGAUAUAAUAGAAGUGGGCAUGCACAGAGGCGUGUGCUAUCAGGCCAACUGCUCCUGGGGCUGUGAAGUAGUUUACAAGUAUUGGGAUUGUCCCACCCCUACACCACUGCCAACGACGACUACAACCACAACAGAGCCAACGACGACUACAACAGAGCCAACCACAACCACAACAGCGCCAACCACAACUACAACCACAACAGAGCCAACAACGACUACAACAGAGCCAACCACAACCUCAACAGCACCAACCACAACUACAACUACAACCACAACAGAGCCAACCACAACAACUAUAUCUAUAAAAACAGAAACUCCUACUAGGACAACUCCAAGACAUAGUCCACAGAAAUCCACACCCACACCCACACCCGGACCAACACCCACACCCGCACCAUGUCCAUUCGAGAAUGGGACUAUUCUACCUGGAGAAUCUAUGUGGAUUUGUGACUGUGUCCAGGCCUUUUGCAUUUCAAACGAGGAGUGGAUUUUAAAACCCAUAAAGUGUGAACCACCACCUGAGCCCACAUGUUCCAAUGGGCUUGCUCCUGUCCGUGUGAUGGAUGAGAAUAACUGCUGCUGGCACUGGGAAUGUGACUGCUACUGCACCGGCUGGGGAGACCCACAUUAUAAGACCUUUGAUGGCCUCUACUACAGUUACCAAGGCAACUGUACCUACACCCUGGUGGAAGAGAUUGUAAAAACCAUCGACAACUUUGGAGUGUACAUUGAUAACUAUCACUGUGACCCAAGGGAACCAGUGUCCUGUCCACGUACUCUCAUUAUAAAGCAUGAGACUCAGGAUAUACGCAUACACACUCUCUCAUCUGUUCCUAUCAAAAUAGAGGUACUCGUAAAUGGGAAUGUUGUGAACUUACCUUACACAAAAUAUGGUGUGAAAAUUCAUCAGUUAGGUAUGAAUUACAUGGUGGUAAUUCCUGAAUCAAAGAUAAAUAUAACCUUCAACGGCAUAUCUUUCACUAUUCGGAUGCCCUAUGAACUAUUUGGCAACAACACCCAGGGCCAGUGUGGUACAUGCACCAAUAAUACAGCAGACGACUGUCGGCUGCGCAAUGGAGAACUUGCAGAAAACUGUGUACAGAUGGCAGAUGACUGGUUUAUUACUGAUGACUCCAAACCCCAUUGCCCCCGAUUGCCCCCGAUUCAGGAACCAACAACCCGCCCGCACUGCGAACCAUCUCCGCUCUGUAAACUUUUACUUGAGGGCGAAUUCAAGAAGUGUCAUGAUGCUGUUGAUUAUGAAAACUUCUAUGCAGCCUGCGUGUUUGAUAACUGCAGGAUUCCCGACCGUGGCAUGGAAUGUGCAAGUCUUCAGAUCUAUGCAUUUACCUGUGCAGAUCAAGGUGUCUGCAUUGAUUGGAGAGGGCUUACCAAUGGCACAUGUAGCGUCAGCUGCCCAUCUAACAGAAUUUACAAAGCAUGUGGUCCUGCUCAAGAGGAGACUUGCAAAUCAGGCUUAAUAGGAGUCAACCAAACCCAACAAAUUGAAGGCUGCUUCUGCCCUGAAGGGACAACACUUUAUGAUGCUGGUGUGGAUGUUUGUGUGAAAACCUGUGGAUGUGUUGGGCCAGAUAAUAUACCAAGGAAGUUUGGGGAGGAGUUUGAGUUUGACUGUAAGAAGUGCAGUUGCCUGGAAGGAGGCAGCGGUAUUACCUGUGAGCCCCUCAAAUGUCCAUCAGAUGAUGAUGUCAGCUGUGAAGGAGAUGGAUUCUACACAAUCACUGAAGUCAAUCCUGAUAACAAAUGCUGCUCUAAAACCACUUGUGUAUGCAAUGCCACUGACUGCACAACAGAGCCUCCUAAAUGUCAGCCAGGGUAUGAGUUAGUUUCUGAAGUUCCUGAAGGCCACUGCUGUCCUGAUCACCGAUGUGUUCCCAAAAACGUUUGUGUGGCUAACGGUAAUGAAUACACGCCUGGCUCUCAGAUCUUAGGAGAUAAGUGCCAGAAAUGUGUCUGCACAAAGGAAAAAGACAACAGUACUUCGCUGAAUUUGAUCAGUUGCAGCUACAUCCCAUGCCCAACGACGUGUGAACAAGGACAUACUCUUAUUCAUCAGGACGGUGAAUGUUGUGGGGUGUGUGUGCAGACAAGCUGUGUUAUACGAACACCUGAGAAUGAUGUUUUCAUCUUAAGACCUGGUGAGCAACGGAGUGCUCCACACGACAACUGCACUAUUUACAGCUGUGUGAACAUGCAUAGGCAGCUGGUCUCCUCCACCUCUUCAAUAAGCUGCCCAGCAUUUAACGAGGAAACAUGUCAGCCUGACACCAUUGCCUAUUUGCCCAGUGGCUGUUGUAAAACUUGCAAGCCCAAAGAUCACCCAGUUCCAGUGCCACCUUGCUCUCUCUCUGAAAUGAAGGACUAUAUCGUUCAUGAUGGUUGCCGUUCAGCAGACAUGGUCCCUGUGGCCCAGUGUGAAGGACAUUGUGGAACUUCCUCAAUAUACUCUUCUGAAGCCAACUCCAUGAAACACAAGUGCACAUGCUGCAGGGAGUCAAAAGUAUCCGAAAAGGAAAUAACACUGGUGUGCCCUGACGGGAAGAACAAGAAACACAAAUACCUUCAGGUGGACUCUUGCGAGUGCCUCAACACCGAAUGCAACAGUUCACACUCAUCAAACGAGUCCCAGAAGAGCACAGAAGAAAAUAGCAGGGAAGACUCCCAGGAAGAUGAACUGAAUGCUGUGGCUCGUGUCAGGAGGGCCAUUAGUUCGGUGAAGAGAAGGAUGGGAAUAUAAUGAGCUAAUCAACAGGUUAAAAGUGAAAAGAAAAGUUAUACAGGGACGACCCAUGGUUUCAUUUUUCACAAAUAAUUCUGCGCUUGCCCUUACUUUCCACGGGCCUCUUAAAUCUGUGCCCUCUUUGACUGUUUCCCCUUAUGAUCGCUUUAUUUAUUUGUGUUAAACAAAAAAAAAAGUGCAAGUCGUUUUUCCCUGAGUGUAACAAAGUUUUAUGUUUUGGACUUUUGAAUCGUUUUCUUUUCUUCUUUAAAUAAUUAAAAGCACAUUUAAAAACUGAAGUCUCCGCAUCCAGUUUU